CUGGGAUGGUGUCACUGUGAUGGUGGGGGAGGGUGUGUCAGGUACAGGAUGUUUUUAUAUAUUUUUGCACCCAUCAGAGUCGGUACUACACUUGGUAAUCAGAAGAGCCGACGACCAGAUCCAGAGACAAUAUGGCUUCAGUUGGUCUCCCCAUCCUCCUGGCUCUCAUCCUCUGCACAGUGUGUACUGGAACAAUAGUCCCUUCUUCAGCACCGCCUCUACCUCCAGAUCUGAUUCCUGUAUGUCCGGCCUUCAAUUCAUCCAUCUGUAUCUAUGCCAAGCCCGGUCCUCCUCAAUGUCACAAUGACAGUCAGUGUACCGACUCCAAGAAAUGCUGCUGCGUCAACUGUGGCCUGGUGUGCAAGACCCCGGACAGAGUCAGAGCCGGCCGAUGCCCAGACAUAAAAGCCAAGUGCCGUCCAGAGCCCACCUUUAACUGUACCAGUGACAGUGACUGUCCCGGGACAAAGAAGUGCUGCAAAAUAUGUGGGAGAACCUGCUGGGACCCAGCACCAGAGCCGGCGGGGGUUUGUCCCAGGAAUGAUGGCAGUAAGUCCGGCUCCCUCCAAUGUCAUUCUGUAAAAUGCAGCCGGGAUUCAGACUGCAAGAUGGGGGAGAAAUGCUGUGCCUCCGGAGAAGGACAGUCAUGCGUGAAGCCCUUUACAGUCAAACCCGGAAAAUGUCCAUCGGGUCUUAAAAUCUUUUGUAAGAGGGAUGAUUAUACCUGCAAAAGUGACAACGAUUGCUCUGGAGUGAAGAAGUGUUGUGGUAUUUGUGGCAUGAAUUGCUGGAACCCAGAGCCAGUCAAACCCGGAAAAUGUCCAUCGGCCCUUAAAAUCUUUUGUAAGAGGGAUGAUUAUACCUGCAAAAGUGACAACGAUUGCUCUGGAGUGUUGAAGUGUUGUGGUAUUUGUGGCAUGAAUUGCUGGAACCCAGAGCCAGAGGCUGCAGGGAAAGAUGGUGAUCAUUCAUAACACCACUGAUAUAGACUGCAAGAGGAACCAGAAAUGUCGCAAGAUCAGAGGUGUAAAGAAGUGCGUAAAGUACACCUGAACUGUGCCAUGUAGUAAAGUUUAAACAGUAAAUAUACUGUAAAGUGCUUACAAUAAUAAAGCGUUAACGGUAAAUAAAAAGUGCUUACAAUAAUAAAGUGUAAACGGUAAAUAUACUGUAAAGUUCUUACAAUAAUAAAGUGUAAACAGU